AUGGGAUCCUUCCGAUGGGAUUGGAAUAAGGAGAAGGAGAAGAAGAAAUAUGGGGAGAAUAAGAAUAAGAAGGAGAAGAAGGAAGCUUCAGUUACAGAUAAAGAAAGUGCAGUUUGGAGGAAAAUGGGGAUGGAUAGGAUAUCAUGUUUCAGAAGAAGGAGAGCAUCUCUCAGUGACACAAGAACAUGUCAUGUAUCGGAUAGCAAGAAGAAGGAGAAGAAGAAGAACUUUGAAUCUCAGAAUCUCAGAAUCUCAGAAUCUCAGAAUCUCAGAAUCUCAGAAUCUCAGAAUCUCAGAAUCUCAGAAUCUCAGAAUCUCAUAAUCUCAGAAUCUCAGAAUCUCAGAAUCUCAGAAUCUCAGAAUUUCAGAAUCUCAGAAUCUCAGGAAAUCUCAGAAUCUCAGAAUCUCAGAAUCUCAGAAUCUCAGAAUCUCAGAAUCUCAGAAUCUCAGAAUCUCAGAAUCUCAGAAUCUCAGAAUCUCAGAAUCUCAGAAUCUCAGAAUCUCAGAAUCUCAGAAUCUCAGAAUCUCGGAAUCUCAGAAUCUCAGAAUCUCAGAAGCUCAGAAACUCAGAAUCUCAGAAUCUCAGAAUCUCAGAAUCUCAGAAUCUCAGAAGCUCAGAAGCUCAGAAUCUCAGAAUCUCAGAAUCUCAGAAUCUCAGAAUCUCAGAAUCUCAGAAUCUCAAAAUCUCAGAAUCUCAGAAUCUCAGAAUCUCAGAAUCUCAGAAUCUCAGAAUCUCAGAAUCUCAGAAUUUCAGAGUCUCAGAAUCUCAGAAUCUCAGAAUCUCAGAAUCUCAGAAUCUCAGAGUCUCAGAAUCUCAGAAUCUCAGAAUCUCAAAAUCUCAGAAUCUCAGAAUCUCAGAAUCUCAGAAUCUCAGAAUCUCAGAAUCUCAGAAUCUCAGAAUCUCAGAAUCUCAGAAUUUCAGUAUCUCAGAAUCUCAGAAUCUCAAAAUCUCAGAAUCUCAGAAUCUCAGAGUCUCAGAAUCUCAGAAUCUCAGAAUCUCAAAAUCUCAGAAUCUCAGAGUCUCAGAAUCUCAGAAUCUCAGAAUCUCAAAAUCUCAGAAUCUCAGAGUCUCAGAAUCUCAGAAUCUCAGAAUCUCAGAAUCUCAAAAUCCCAAAAUCUCAGAAUCUCAGAAUCUCAGAAACUCAGAAUCUCAGAAACUCAGAAUCUCAGAAUCUCACGGUUUCAUUAGAUUAG